GCAGCAGCAUCAGAAAACGACCAGCUCUCGCGAGGUGCGCACACGCAACGCUCGCUUAAAAAGAAGAAAAACUCACAAGAAAAAGCUCCACAACACACCGCAGCAACAUGUAUCUGGAUACGAAAAACAUGACGGCCAGCAACACUUCAGCUUUGACAGCGGCAACAACACCGUCGAACGAAAAGUCCGCACGGCACAUGCGCAAAGUUUGGCAGCCGCUGCGUCGUCUGCUGAAAGUGGGUGGUGGCAAGGGUCGCACCGCCCAGCUGACCUUGGCCCAUCCCAACAACGUGGAUCUCAACAACACACAAAUGCAGCAGCAGCAGCAGCAACCCGAGUUGCUCGUCGAAGAUGAGCCUAAGUCAACGCCAGAGGAGUCUCUUCACAAGUACGGAUUGGAGCUGAGGCAACUUCCCGAGGAGGAGGUGUCCCUCACCCAGCCGCCCAACACGCCCACCCUCAUCAGCAGCGUUUACGUGGACAAGGUCAGUGCCCAAAGCUGUGGGAACUGCCAGCAUGGACGUAAUUGCCAGCACAGACAUCACAGUAGCAGCAACAGCAACAGCAACACCAGCAGCAACAUCAACUUGAACAGCAGCAACAGUGCAACACAGUUGCCCAGCAACCUCUGGGAUCUGCAGUUGCCACUGCAGUACAUCAGCACGGAUAACGGCACCUUCUUCUGGGCCAACACCCAGGAUCGCGUCGACGAUGAUCUCCUGCACGCCCUGCUCUGCCAGAGCUUCAGUCAAAUGCCCGGAACCCUCUGUUAGCUUAAGUCCGCCCGCAAGAACCUCACCCCAUCACCGAAUAGAUCUCAAUCGCUUGGGGGUCACACCCCUAAUUAUCGUAAUUUCACUUAUUUAUUUCCCCGCGCAAUAUUUACGUUGUUAAUGUGAUACUAAUUUGCAUGUAAAAUAAAACAUAAUCACUCAUUUUGUACCAUACAAAUGGAAGAACAAGAAAA